UGAUAUCAGAGAGCCCAAUGGAGCCUUCUGAAGAACCUAGGCAGAUUAGCAAAGAUAAAUUUUUAGAAGUUCCUAAUUUAUCUGAUUCUCUUUCUGAAGAUGAGGAAGUUAAACCUACUUUCAAACCUGGCUUCUCGCCUCAACCUAGUAGACGAGGUUCUGAUUCUUCUGAAGAUAUAUACCUGGACACUCCAUCUUCAGGGGUAAGAAGAGUUUCAUUCGCUGACACCUUUGGAUUCAAUCUUGUGUCUGUCAAAGAAUUUGAUUGCUGGGAUUUACCAAGUGUUUCAACCGGUUUUGACUUAAGGAAGGACAUUUUUCACACAGAAGAAUAUGUUUUAUCUCCACUAUUUGAUUUGCCUUCUUCAAAAGAAGAUCUUAUGCAGCAACUUCAAGUACAGAAAGCAAUACUGGAGUCAACUGAGUAUCCUCCUGGGUCUACAAGUAUGAAGGGCGUUAUUCGAGUUUUGAAUAUUUCUUUUGAGAAGUUAGUAUAUGUGAGAAUGUCCUUGGAUGACUGGCAGACACAUUAUGACAUUUUAGCAGAAUAUGUCCCAAAUUCAUGUGAUGGUGAAACUGACCAGUUCUCCUUUAAGAUUUUAUUGGUUCCCCCUUAUCAAAAAGAUGGCAGUAAAGUUGAGUUUUGUAUACGUUAUGAAACUUCUGUUGGUACAUUUUGGUCAAAUAAUAAUGGCACAAAUUAUAUAUUGAUUUGUCAAAAGAAAGAACAAGAGCCGGAGCCUGUAAAACCACGGGAAGAAGUUCCUAAUAGACAAAUAAAAGGCUGUUUAAAGGUAAAAUCAAGUAAAGAAGAAUCAUUAGUAACAUCAGACGAGAAUAACUUUGAGAAUUCAAAGAUUACAGAUACCUAUAUCCCAACAAUUGUUUGUUCUCAUGAGGACAAGGAAGCCUUGGAAACCAGUAAUCAAACUGUAAAAGAUGUAAACAGGGAACAUGAUGAUCAUAAUGAAAAAGAAUUAGAGUUGAUGAUAAACCAAUGCUUAAUAAGAAGUACUGCUUCCAGAGAUGAAAAGAAUACAUUUGCAAUAGAUCCAGUCAAUUUUCCAAAUAAAGCUGAGGGGUUAGAGAAGAAGCAAAUCCAUGGUGAAGUACACCCUGACUCAUUUAAAAGGCCUUUGUCUUCAAGUUCAUCAGCAGAAAGCUCCUUAAAGGGAGAUUUUUACUGCAAAGAAAAAUAUUCCGCAGAAAAUAAGUGUAGACAUCAACCUUCAGAGGAAAUUACUUCAGAUAUAGAAGAAAUCAAGCCACCAUCGGGAGAUACUCGUAGUGAUGAAUUAGUGCAAUUACAUAUUGGCAGCAAAGAAGUACUGGAUGAUAAUGCUAAUCCAGCAGAAGGGAGAGGCAGAGUGCAAAUAUCCUGUCCUUCCUCAGAUCAACUAGUCGAAGACAACCUUAAUAAAAAACAUGAAGGAAGAGCUGAGAAAAUUGAAAUAAAAGAUUGGGAAUGUUUAAGAAGAGAUUUUCAUUUGGAUUUCCGUUCAGAAGAAUCAAUGGAAAAAGGAUCUUCUAAGAAAGAUUAUGGCAAUGGUAAGACUGAGGAGGAGGAGCAAAGAAUACAUUUAGGUGUUAAUGUAAAACAAAGCAAAAAUUUUCAUUCAGUCUUACACGACCAAGAAAGGCAGAUGGGCCAGUCUGAAAUCAGUAUGGAAGGAACAGAAGCUAGCAACAGAGACCUAACUGUUCUGCUGAGUAAAGAUAUCACAAUUCCCAACCAGGCAAUCACAGCAGAUUUGUUUCAUUCACCAAGGAUAAGUCUAAGUUGGGAAAACGUUGUGUUAACAACUCCAGAGCGUGAUCUCUUGACUAGUGAAGGCACUACUUUACAAGGGAUGCCCGGUCAAGUUUGUUCACCAAGAAGUGGAAAUGUUUUGAGGAAUGAUUGUCUUUUCCAAAUUGAAGAAGAAAAAUCAGAUUGGAUUAAUCCUGAAGAUCAGAAUAAGAAUGCACAACAGAAACAAAGUUGGAGUGUUCUAGAAAGACAAAGAAAAGCAAGAGAGAGUAAGACAAAUAGAACAGAACAGACCAAGGAACAAUCUGCUUGUGAAGACAUGUGGGGAAAAAGAGAUAAUACAAGGAAUUUGAAAGCUACUCCUAUGGAAGAAUUGUUUACCUGCCAAAAAACAGUGAGCUGUGAACUGUCUUCUCUAGCUGAUCAUGGUGUUACUGAGAAAGCAGAAGCAGGUACAGCUUAUAUAAUUAAGACAACAUCAGAAAGUGCUCUAGAAAGCAUGUCUGCUAGAGAAAAAGCAAUAAUUGCUAAGCUACCUCAAGAGACAGCACGAAGUGACAAGCCCAUCGAGGUACAGGAAACAGCGUUUGAUCCACAUGAAGGGGGAAAUGAUGAUUCACAUUAUACCCUUUGUCAACGAGAUACAGGAGGUGUAAUCUAUGAUAAUGAUUUUGAAAAGGAAUCACAUUUAGGUAUUUGUAAUGUACAUGUAGAUGAAAUGGAGAAAGAAGAAACCAUAUCUAUGUACAAUCCCGGGAAGACACAUGACAGGAAGAAACGUGGCAUUGGAAAUAUCACAUCUGUAGAUGAAUCCUUCCAGGUCAUUACAGGCAAUCAAAAAGCAGCCUCAGAACUGGAUUUACAUUUGGGAAUGAUACAAAAAGACAAAAAAAUAUUUCCAGAAAAUAGAGAUCAUAAACAGGUCCAAGAAUUAUCAAAGAAAACAGACAGAGAUGCUAUUAUUCAUUCUGCUUUAAACUCAGACACUAACAGAGCUUCUCAGAAUGGCUCUCACGUUUCCAAUCACCAUGCUAAAACCUCAGUGCCAUCUCAUGAACAGGCAAUUGCUGUAGAGAAUAUAAUUACUACCAUGACUCUCCAAUCUAUUUCUACUAAAUCAGAAUAUAAUUGUAAUCCAACAAGUGAAAUCCAGGGUAUUGAGAAGCACCCUCAUCUUGGGUCUAUACCUGAAGAAGUUUCCAAAAGUUCAGGAACAGAGACCUCAGGUAGUAGCAGAGAAAGAUUUAAAAGCCAGAUUUUUCAACAAGGAGAACGCGGUGUGGAAAAAUCUCUACAGCCAAUGAUUUUCGUCAGUGAAGCUAUUGAGACCGUGGAAGAGGCAAGGCAUGAAAAUGAAGGAUUAGCCUCUGGACAAUCACUGGGCUCUUCAGGUGACAAGGAAUCCGAGAGCUCUGCUUCUGCUAGUCUCCCUGCCCAGGAAGGUGAAACUGAGAGCAGCGAAUCUCUGCUUUCGAAAUACACCAACUCUAAAGUACCGCAUGUCCUUUUGUUUGUGAUAUUUCUUGUAACCAUCUACCAAUAUGACUUAAUGAUUGGCCUGGCAUUCUACCUUUUUUCAUUGUACUGGCUAUCUUGGGAAGGGGGGAGACAAAAAGAGUCUGUCAAAAAGAAAUAACCUCACCACUAUUAUUAUUUUCUCAUAAAAGAUAAGCUUUUUAGCCCCAAACGUUUGGAUUGGUGAAAGAGACUAUUCAUUGUUCAAAGAGCCAGUGCAGUUUUUCUCUUGAAGGAUCAUUUAAAAAGGAAUGCGUAUGAAGUUUGCUCCUUCAUAUAAGUAAUUAUUCUAUAUAGGACCAUUAUGUUUGGAUCAUUAAAUACCUAUAUGAAUAUGAGAUCUGAAGCACGUCAAGUUGAAAUUAGGUACAGCUGUUGCUCCUUAGCAGGCUAUGAAGUUGCAAUGCUUCAUGUCUCUUCACUACUUAAAGUGCCAUUUCUUGCAUUCAUUUCUUUUGCAGUAAAGCUUCAUUUUUUUUUCCCUAGAGUAUUUUUCCUUCUGAGGUUUUUUAAAAACUAGAUAAAACAUGAACAAUGGCAGAGGACUUUUUUUUUGUCUUUUGGUACUGACCAUGAAAUUUGCAUUUAUCCCUGUAUCAUUUAUCAGCAUAUUUUGAUAGAUCAAAUCUUUCAACUUUGAUUUCAUAUUUUUAAGAACAACACCCAUGUAUAUUGAAAUGCAUAAACUUAAAGAAAGACCUUGUUUGCUUGAAUAAUACUUUAUACACAGAUACCUUUUACCUCCCUUAUAUCUACAAAGUUAGAGCACUCAUAAGCCAAAUCUGACAAAGACUGAAACAAUUGGGAGAUGAUCUCUCAAUCUACAAAAUUUUCUGGGGGGCCUAUCUAUAAGCAAUGUUUUUCUCUUAUAAGAAGAGAAAGUAUAACACAGCUGAACAAUUUUAAUGUCAAUUAUUCAGUUGAAGUUUUAAAAUUAAAAGUUCCACAAGCAUUGCUUCAGAAUGAAUUUGUACCUAUAAAGCAUCAAGUAUUGAAUGAUAAUAAUAAUUAAAAAAAUUUCCAAAUGAACUAUUUUACUUGGUAGUACUUUUUUGUCUUCAAACAAAUUUUUAUUUUUUGUUAUAAGACAAUGAAUUAUUUUCCAAGGUGCAUAUAGAGAUGAAAUAAUCAUUGGUGGUUGUUACAUAAUCAUUAGGUUGUUAGAUGAUAACUCAAGUUUUUAGUGGGCAAAUAAGUAGAUCUGGCAAUCUACUCAGGGAAAAAUGAAUAUCCAGUGUAGCAGUGACUUUAGCUACUGUUAUUUUCUAUGGCUAAGUAUGUGAAAUAAUGGAACUAAUCAUUUUGGUCACAUACUGGGAAUGCAAAGAUUUUUAUAUAAGAUUUCAACAACCAUUUAUUAAAUGAUUGCUAGAUACAAAAAUCCUGUGCUCUGGUCUAUGGCACAGUACUUCCUUUGAUACCCUGAAUGGCUACUUUCCAGGGAGGAGGCAUAGGUAUGUAGUUUGAUACUUUUGAUUUGGUCAGGAAUAUGGAAGAGAGUAACACCGUGGGAGUCCAUUUGGGUGAUUUCUUUUUCAUAGGAACUUCCUUCAUAGAGUAUGUAACAUGAUCUUCAGAGAGAAAAGAGCAUCUAUUUACCUGUAAAGGUAAAUUCAAUGAGUAAAACUUGCAUAUAUCAUCCCAUACUUCUAAGAAGCAUGCAUUUAUGGGAAUAAAAAAUGAGAACAAAGCAUUUAAACUGACAUUCAUGUAGUAGUAAAUGAUUUCCCUAAUUUUCAUUAGGUACACAACUAUUUCCAAAUCCCUAAUUGUAUGCUUGUCUCAAGUCCCAUUGAAAUUGAAUGCUUGACUUUAACUUUUUAGUUGAACAAAUACAAACAUCCUGAAGUAGAAGUUAGGGCAAAUACUUGAUUGCUUGAAAAAGCACAUUUUCAUUAAAUACAAGUAGAAUACUGUAGGCCAUACCUAGAAUAUUAUCUCUAAAAUUGCUAUCCUGAUAAUUUUGUUGACAGGUCUAAAUUACAGCGGAGUUAAGGUUAGUAUUUCUUCAGAUCUUAAUGGCUUGGUUUUUGCAUUCUACCUUUAAGAGUUUCGGUCAAUAUGCCAUAUCUUAUUAAUGUAAAGAAACUACAUUACUUAUUAACACAGGUGUCUGAACUAUAAUUAUUCCCUUAUACAUAAAAGAAUGUAAUUUUUUUAAUCUCUUUUACUUGACUUUGGUAACAUUAACUUACUAAACCUUCUCAUUGCAUAUUUGUAAUAUGACAAUAGAAGUUUCAAAGAAUUUAAAAUAUUUAAUUGUGUAUUUCUCUGCAUGCAGUGAAGAAAUAAUUGGUGAUUUAACUGACUUUCCAAACAUUUCUUAUGAAGAAUUUGAGAUAAAGUCUUAAAAACUUAGGAAACUAUUGCUAGGUGGAGAGGUAGAUUUUUGCAACCCAUUUUCAUCACAGCAUUAUGAUGAGCAAGAGAAAUGGAUCUCAGAAAGAACUGGGAGCCCCUGUAAUAAAGAUUUGACUGAAUUAUCAUGACAAGGUAACCUUUAUAAGUAUAGCUGCCUUCACUGUGUCCCCCCAAAUAUGGGUUAAGGGACAAAAGAGAGAGGUGGCAUGAAAAUAAGCAAAGAGUACUACAUUGCACAUCUGCCUCCUAUACUGGCUAAGAAAUGUGGUAUAACUAUCACCUUUUAUUUUGCUGGGCUUCUGACUAUUAGAAACAAAAUUCUGAAAAUUAAUUGGCAAGUAAAGGUAGUAAAAUCAACUAUCUUAAAAAAAAUCACAUCUGCAUAAGUCAUCAAUAUCCCAGUGGAUUUUCCACAUAAAAGGAAAUGAAUCAGUGAAAUGACUCACCUCCCAAUAUUCAAGAACGUUGGGUUAAUGCAGUUAUGCUUCCCUGCUGAUUUCUAAUAUUUUGAUAAUGAAAUAGUGAUUGUCACCAUUUGUGAGAGAAACAGGAUCAUCUUUUACUUGUUAUCUUAAACUAGUCAGCUGUGUAAACGGAAACUUAAAAAUAUGCAGACCAAAUUUGGGAACAUGAACUAUCUUAUUUUUCUCAAGCAGCAUUCAUGGCACUUUCUUGAUAAUUUUUUUCAGUCAUGAGUGUUAUUUGGUAUCACCAGGCCUGUUGCCUUUUGUAUUAGACUGACUUUUGCAUAUAAAUGAAUCAAAAAAGCACACAAAGCAAAAAAACAAACUAGCAGAACUAGUAAAGACACAGGCAGGAGGACUGUCAUCCCCAGGGCCAGUUCAUCCACUGAUUCCUGUUACCAGGAUCUCUGCCCUUUCUUUCAAAUUUUUGACCGAGUGAAUACAGAAAUCAAACUAUGCAAUAAGCACUGUCUUUUGUUCUUUGAAUCCUGUCUCAGCCAGUUCUUGUGGAACUGAAGAAUAGGGUUAAACUGGAUUCUACAACAAGGUAUGAAAGAAAUAUGGGAGGUCAUGCUCUUCCUGUGUCUUCACAGUUGUACACAUGUAUGAAAAGAACAGCUAAGAAAGUUACUUCUAUUUAUUUAAUUAAGUUGCCUAUUCUUUUCUAUUUUCAGAAAUAGAUCAUAAUAAAAAUCAUAGCAACAUAAUCUACUUUUCAUCUUUUAAAAAUAGAUUUGGUCAUUAAUCUAAUACAUUUCCAUAACUUUAUCCGAACCUCUUUAAACAGCAAAUGAAAUUUUCACUAGCCUAGCUUUGAACAAUCAUAUGUUUUCAUGAAAUGUCAUCAUUGUAGUAUGCUAAAAACUUAUUAAACAAACAACGCUUU